CAGAAAUAAAUCAAAUAUGUACGAAUCAACUAUCGAUGAAAUUUUAAAAGUGCAUUUACCAGAUGAUGUUUUGCCAGAAAUUAAUCGUCUUUUGUAUGGCCGCAAAAUAAAAAAAUUAGAUUUAGCAGAUUGGAAAAAUGACUAUAAUUUGGAAAGACAAGGUUGGAUAUUAAAUAGUAUUGUUGAAGAACAAUUACGUCCUAAACGCAUUGUACGUGUAGGAUUAAUCCAACAUUCAAUCGUUUUACCAACAACAGAUCCAAUAGAAAAUCAAAGAAAUGCAAUACAUAAUAAAAUAAAAGAAUAUAUUGAUUAUGCAGCUACUUGCAAAGUUAAUAUAAUUUGUCUACAAGAAGCUUGGCCUAUGCCAUUUGUAUUUUGUACAAGAGAAAGAUAUCCAUGGUGCGAAUUCGCUGAGGAUGCUGAAAAUGGGCCAACAAAUUUAUUAUUAUCAAAAUUAGCAAAAGAACAUAAUAUGAUUAUUAUUUCUCCAAUUUUGGAAAGAGAUAGUGCUAAUGGAGAUACUUUGUGGAAUACAUCUGUUAUUAUUAAUAUAGAUGGUAAAAUUAUUGGUAAACAUCGAAAAAAUCAUAUACCACGUGUUGGAGAUUUCAAUGAAUCUACGUAUUAUAUGGAAGGAAAUACAGGACAUCCUGUUUUUGAUACUUGUUAUGGACGCAUUGCUGUUAAUAUAUGUUAUGGACGUCAUCAUCCUUUAAACUGGCUUAUGUUUGGAUUAAAUGGAGCAGAGAUUGUCUUCAAUCCAUCAGCCACUGUUGGUAAUUUAUCUGAACCUUUAUGGCCUAUAGAAGCAAGAUGUGCUGCAAUUGCUAAUAAUUAUUUUACGUGUGCCAUCAAUAGAGUUGGGACUGAAAUAUUUCCCAAUAAAUUUACGUCGGGUGAUGGGAAGCCAUCUCAUAAUGAUUUUGGGCAGUUUUAUGGUUCCUCUUAUAUUACUGCACCUGAUGGCACACGGACCCCAGGUUUAAGUAGAUCUAAUGAUGGAAUACUUAUUGCAGAUUUGGAUCUUAAUCUUUGCAGACAAGCAAAAGAUAUAUGGGGAUUUAGAAUGACCCAACGACUGGACAUGUAUGCUAAUGAACUUGCUAAAUUCGUCCAACAAAAUUGAAUAUUGUUACAUAAAUUAUAUGUUUCAUUUUAUUAAUCUUAUAUGUAAAUAUCAAAUAAAAUAUAAAAACGAAUGAAAUAUAUUUAAGCCAGAAAGCAUAAAUAUACAUAUACAUACACACAUA